CCAUAUAGGAAAAUAAAAGUGCAAGAAAAAAAAAUCACUUUUUAGGUUUUAUUAAAUUCUGCUUAUUUCUCAAAAGUGGAAUUUUGGAUGGCAACUGGUGGUUGUAGCAAUAAGAAGAAGGCAGUGAAGAUUGUGAUUAUUACUGCAAAGUAUGUUGAAACUGAUGCUAUGAGUUUUAAGUCUGUGGUGCAGAAGCUAACUGGUAAGCAUUCUUCUGAUGAAAGUAUAGAAGCUCCAAAAGCUAAGAGGGAAAAGCAUAAUCUAUUUGAAAAUGAUAAUGUUCCGCAAUACAAAAACACAAAAAACCAUAUCAACUCUUUUGUUAUAAGUGAUUCUAUGUUCAAUGAGUAUGACAAGUUGCUUAGAGAACAGAUGCUGCCAAAUGACCACUUUUUGUUGGAGUCACAAAUUUAA